AUGGAGGAGCCAGAGCUGCUGGAGGCGUGCGCGAGUGGGGAGGUGGGGCGCGUCAAGGCGCUCCUCUACGUCAGGCGAGCGGCCAAAGCCGAGGCCAUUCUCGUGGUCGACUCGAAACAGCGAACGCCCCUGCACCUCGCCGCCAUCCACGGCAAGAACGGCCACAUGGGCCUAUGUUGGCUUCUGGUGAACCUGUACAGGAGGUGCGGCGUGCUGUGCAAGUCGCCAGCAUCGCCGAAGCAGAUCCGAAAAAUGAUUCGUGCGCUGCUGACCACGACGGGCCUGCCGAUUGAUCACCAGAACAACGCCGGGGAGACGCCCCUCCACCUGGCCUGCUUCAAGGGCCACCUCCUCGCUGCGGAGGUUCUCUGCGAGAGCGGCGCCAGCCUCCACAUCAAAUCGCACAAGGCGCUAAUCCGCUCGCACGAGGCACGCAAGGCACUGCAGCGGACGUCGCUAAUCAAGUCCACGAGACGGCCAUCGCUGCCUAUCUCCAGGGCACAAUGCAUGAAGGCCUAUGCGCAUACCAAGAACUACAAGGUCGACGUGAGUUGCGCCGGCGACGUAGGCGUUGGCGCGAGACUGAAAGGUGAACAGGUGGACGACAACGAAGUGCAGAUGCGCUUGUGGCUCCCAACUCCGAGCAAACGCAAAGACAGGGAUGCGGUGAUUGUGUGCUUCGAUUGCACGUCGGCUUCCUCCUAUGCGACCGCCGCAGCGUGCCUCGACGCGCUGGCCAAACGCGAUUGCAUCAAGGUGCUGGUGGCCACCAAGACCGAUCUGGUCGCUUCCCGGGCGGUUGAUGGCAUCACAGCUCUGGCGCUGGCUGAACAGCAUCAAAUACCGUUCUUUGAGACGAGCGCAAAGCAGAACGUCAACGUGCAGCUUCCGUUUCGCCACAUCGCCCAGGCGUGGUUGAUGCAAAAAGCGGCUGCUCCCCAUCGGGAAGCGGCAGCCAAGAAGGGCAAGCAGCGCAGAGGCACGUCUGGAGCCUAG